CACUAAACGUUGAUCUCCGAUCUGACGGACCACAAAUUCAUGUAUCAUGGUAACACGGGAGGUGCAGGAGCACCUGAAAUUCUCCCCUCUCACAUAAGCGCCGACGUGGGUGAAGGGUUUGACAGUUUCCCCUCUUUUUGUGCCGUCGCCGCCGGACUCCGCCGCCUCCUCCGCCGGCCGUUGCCACCCUAAAUCUCGCGACUUCGUUCGACUCCGAUAAAAUCAUCUUGUGCUGGUCGCGGCGAAGGAGGGAGGGAGGAGGAUGGCCGCGAACGACGGCGGCCCAGAUCUGCCCGCCAACGCCCCCGUCGACGGCGACGGAGACGCCGGCGGGCCGUACAUCCCCGCGGAGCUGGUCCCGGACAUCGCGAAGCACCUGACGAGCCUGCACGACUUCUUCGCCCUCCGCGCCGGCUGCCGCGCCUACCGCGCCGCCCUCCCCAACUGCCGGGCCCUGCUCGCGAACCAGCCGCCGCACCUCCUCGUCCCCCACACCGCCGACCCCUCGCUGUCCCUCUUCAAGGUCCUCGAGCCCGGCUGCGCCGCCUUCUCGCUCGCCCUCUUCCACGUCCCCGACCGCCGCCUCCUCCGCUUCCGCGCCCGCCUCCCCUUCGCCAGGACCGGUGGCGUCCUCACCUCCGACGGCGCCCGCGUCGCCGCCGUCGACGGCGCCACCGGCGAGAUCCUCGUCACCGACCUCCUCUCCGGCGCGCAGGCCCGCCUCCCCAGGCCCCCGCUGGAGUACAGCCGCGUCAUCCUCAGCGGCGGCUACGUCUUCGCCCCGGCGAGGGGCCGCACCGAGAUCCAGUACUGCAGCCUCUGGUACGCCCACUGGGCCGUAGCGUCCUACGGCGGCGACUUUGAGAUCCAGGACUGGCGCAUCGUCAACGGCGCCCUCUACGGGCUCCUCCCCUCCUGCGGGCUCGUCAUGGCUUCGCUCCCCAAGGACAACACACUGGAGCUGUGGAUGCUUGGGGGCGAAUUCGACGAGGACCUUGAAGAGACUCUGAAGGAGACCGUGGGCGGAUCAUUGCUGGGGGAGUGCGGUGGCGAGCCCCUGCUUAUCUGCAAGGUGGGGCGCAUCGAUCCGGAAUACAAGAUUUUCCGGUGGGACUUCAAUGUGGGGAAGUGGGUGAUGACGACGAGCCUCGGCGGGCGGACGCUGUUUAUUGGCUACGACGAUUUCGUCGCGUGCCUUGGUCCAGAUGUUCCAGGGAUCCGUGCCGACUGUGUGUAUGGAUCAUUGCCAUGGAGUGGGGGAUGGAGCGAGUAUUCUCUGGUCGAUGGGACCUGUAAAUGCUUCCCUGCACAGUAUCCAGGUGAACCAGGGGUUGGUUUUGGGAGGCCGCAGGUGUGGGUGCUUCCAAGCUUGUUCUGCGACUACUGAGGUUCAAUGGAAUCGUGCACCAAGGAACCUGAUUCUAAUAAAAUCUACAUGCGAUUAGCUUAUAUUGGGGAAAUAACUUGGCAAGAUGCUUGUCUCCGCAGUCUGCUGUGAACUGUAGUCGAUGUAGACAUCGCCCUAUUGUGAAGCCGAAGUGGAGUUCCUGCAUAGAGCCGAGCCUUUGUGCGAUGCAACGAAGAAUCAUGCUUUCAGUUGAAAAACUUUGAGUCAUGCUAAACUUGUUGCUCCUUUUAAACUUUUACCAUAGGGAUGGUUUUGGUUUGCCUCCAAGGAUCAAAAUUAACAGUGUGGUUAACUAUAAUAUGUCUGGUGUUAUCUUGGAUUGUUUCA